UGGUAAGAUUCAUGCUUUGCCCUACCUCCAAGCCACGGAGCUUGCCUGCGUAGUUGCUCUCCCUAACCCCACUUACAGCCCGAUCAUUAGCCCGACUGGUAGCAAAAUUGCCUAUUAUGCUGGUAGUGAUUUGCAAUAUCGCUGCCCUUUGUGUAUUUCUCUUCAUCAACUUCAGAGUCAUAUGUCCACGGCGAAGCCAGCCUUACACCGUCCGACAGCUUUGUACGGAAAACGUCGUCAUGGAUGCAUCAUCACCAGACACGCCAUAUAUCCAAGUCGAAAUCCCGCCUAAGUGCUUUCACUUAAGACCAAGAAUCAUCACGAUCAUUACAGAUUCUCACGAUCAAGGCUGGAGCGACUUCCGCGAGCAUCAUGGCACCUACAAUGAGUGCUGGUCUUGGUUCGAAGCCGAUGUCUAUAACGCAAGCAUGGGCGCCAAAACGGCUCGGGUGAGGAUACAGGAUAACCUGCAUGCAAGCGGAUAUUUUACCCUUCACAAGAACAUCUGGCAUCGAGGGAAGUGCGAGAACAAGGACAUAGAGCGUUUGAUGGAUGCGCUCGUGUCCGGAGCUACAUUGCGCAUAUUCGCGAAAGCAAGAUUUGGCGGAUGGGCGAAUCAUGUUAGGAAGGUACAGGUGACAAUAGAGCUGGCAUAGAUAGCUACGCAGAGCUGUCGGAAACAUCUGUUUCUAUUAUAGGGAUGCAAUUUUGAAACAAUGGACAUUGAUGAUACUGUUGCGAACAAUUGGACGCCCAACCUAGUAUAUGAUGCCUCCUGAUAUAAGGUGACAGGAGAUGGUGGCAUUAGUUGCCUGUCAGGAAUAUGUAGAGUUAGGUACAGGAAUUGCUUACCGUGUUCCCAUUUUGCCCUGUUUUCUGAACAGCUGCGCCAAGGUAUGCCGAUCCCACUAAAGAUCCCACAAACAUGAC